AUGAUCCCGGCAACAUUUAUCAGUUUUUUGAGCAUUGCUUGUCUUAUUCAACCGAUUCUUCCAUUCUACAUUCCCGGUGUUGCACCUCUUGAUUUUAAAAAAGGCGAAAAUGUUGAAGUUAAAGCUGUUAAAAUGACUAGUACAAAAACACAGUUACCAUACGAUUAUUAUGAUAUAGGUAUUCAUUGUAAACCGUCAAACGGUACAAUUUAUAAAUCUGAAAACCUUGGUGAAAUUCUUCGUGGAGAUCGUAUUGUGAAUACAAAAUUUCAGGUUGGCAUGGAUACAAAUGUGGCAUGUCGAACACUUUGUAAAGAUGUAAAUUUAACACCCGAACAAAGUAAAACACUUGGAAAACGUAUUCGAAAUAAUUAUUAUGUUCAUCUUCUUGUUGAUAAUCUACCAUGUGCAACGAAAUUUCAAAAUGUUGAAACUCAUGAAACUUUUUAUGAACAUGGUUAUCGCCUAGGAAUCUAUACAAAAGAACCCGAAGCGAUGUAUGUAAAUAAUCAUUUAAUUAUGAGAUUGCAUUAUCAUCAAGAAGCUGAUGAGUCAUUUCGUGUCGUUGGUUUCGAAGUUGAACCGAAAAGUAUCGAUUCAAAACGUAUUAAAACCGAAGAAGAUGGUACUUGUGUGAUUCAAGGUGGUCAAGAUAUGCAAAAAAUCAAUCCGAAAGAAGAAAAUAAAGUAACAAUGACUUAUGAAGUUGAAUGGACACCAAGUGAAACACGUUGGGCUAGUCGUUGGGAUACAUAUUUGGCAAUGACAGAUGUUCAAAUUCAUUGGUUUUCAAUAGUCAAUUCAGUUAUUGUUGUCUUCUUUCUUGCUGGUAUACUGUCAAUGAUUAUUGUUAAAACACUUCGACGAGAUAUUGCACGAUAUAAUCAAGAAGAUACAGAUGAUGUCACUGAAGAAACAGGAUGGAAAUUAGUUCAUGGUGACGUAUUUCGGCCACCUCAUCGUAAGAAUGUUCUUGCAGCUCUUAUUGGUUCAGGUGUUCAACUUUUACUCAUGUCACUUAUCGUUAUUGUUUUUGCUGCGCUUGGCAUGCUUUCACCAUCAUCUCGUGGUGCAUUAAUUAGUGCUGCCUGCUUUCUUUAUGUAUUUAUGGGUUUAAUUGCUGGUUUUUAUUCUGGUCGAAUAUAUAAAACAAUAAAAGGCUCAAAUUGGAAACAAACCGCUGGAUUAACAGCAACACUUUAUCCAUCAGUAGUUUGCGGUGUUUGUUUUAUUCUAAACUUCUUUAUUUGGGGAAAACGAUCGUCGGGUGCUGUUCCAUUUUCAACAAUGCUUGCCAUAUUAGUUAUGUGGUUAGGAAUUUCAUUUCCACUUGUUUGUCUUGGCUUCUAUUUUGGUUAUCGUAAACAUCCAUAUGAUCAACCAGUUCGUACGAAUCAAAUACCAAGACAAGUACCAGAACAACAAUGGUUUAUGCAUCCUGUUUUAAGUACUUUGAUUGCUGGUAUACUGCCGUUCGGAGCUAUGUUUAUUGAGCUAUUUUUCAUAUUUUCGGCUAUUUGGGAAAACCAAUAUUAUUAUUUAUUUGGCUUUCUGUUUCUUGUGUUCAUCAUUAUAAUUAUUUCUUGCUCUCAAAUAUCAAUUGUCAUAACUUAUUUUCAAUUAUGCGGAGAAGAUUAUCAUUGGUGGUGGAGAUCAUUUGUUGCAUCAGGUGGAUCAGCAUUUUAUGUAUUCGGUUAUUCGAUCUUUUAUUUCUUUUCCAAACUUGAUAUAACUGAAUUUGUUCCAUUGAUGCUUUAUUUUGGCUAUACAUUACUCAUCUGUUUUUCAUUUUGGAUUCUUACUGGUACAAUUGGUUUUAUUGCAUCAUUUAUUUUUGUUAGGAAAAUUUAUGCUGCUGUUAAAAUCGAUUAG